AAGCACGUUUCUCUCCGUUCUUGCAUUAUCCUGACCGAGAUUGCUCUGUUAGCAACUAAAGUGACUGACAGAGGUCCACCUCACACAGACUGUGUUCGAACGCGGAUGGUGUAACACAGCAGUCUGCCGAUAUCGGACCGCCACGGUUAGGAUUCGUCUGUCGUCGAGUGAAGCAAAUAGCAAAAUUUUUAAGUUUCAGUGAUAAAGGAUAUUUUUUUUCUCCAGUUGGUGAUGGAAUAAGACCUUCGAAUGUCGAAUGAAACAGCCAUAAUUUGGCACAAAAAAGUCUGUUAAUCAUCUUCAAGAGUGGAAAUUCUGGUGAAACGAUUCCAAAUUGGUUUCAAAGGGUUCAAUGGUCAGCUGUGUUAAGGGCGUUUCACGGCCCAGAAUGGGUCUCAUACGAACGCAGUUUUAAUUGUGCUUGGUGUUGAAAGUGCUUUUCGUCACGUAAAGGACGACGUAAUCGUUCGAACAAUGUUCAACGAAAGAUGCAUUUAGACAGGACUUGUGGGUGGAACUUCCGAACGGAAACCAAGUGGUCAUCCCAGGAAAGGAAGGAACCGGACAAGUUCCUUCAUGAUCAGCUCAUUCGAUUACAUUGUACAUCGGAAGGAAAACUAAACAGCUGUGAAGCAUAAAAUCUAGUACAAGGAUUGAAAAGUUUAUUGAAAAACAAAAAAAAAGUGAUGGUGUCCUAGAAAAUGUCAAAAUUUUCGCACAUAAAAUAUCGAUCGCCAGCAGUUUCAGUGGUGUUAUAUCUGUUCCGCUACAUAAAUAUUCGUUGGAUUGGUUCGUAGACGCACCAACACAGACUCGUCGUGCUUUGAACGGAUUAUUGCCUGUUUCUAGUUUCUCUUGAUUUUCGCUUGUGUGGGGUACUAAAAGUGUGUCCUUCUUCGUUAGGCCUGUGUGUGCACACACACUCCUUUCGUACGGUUGUCAAAUAUUAGUCGGUGAAUAUUUUAUGCAGCUCUGUUAAAUUUUCCUUCAAGUUUGCGGCCGAUACCCCAGCCCAGCUACGCGAAGAUCUGAUGGAGGCUAGUCCGACGAACGUCUUUGCUGUAACCAAGCGAAAAGUUUGUGACCCGUGCUCAAAGUGAAGUGGUGGAAUAAAUUUUUCAAGUGCAACCAGUGCGAUUUUGUGCUGCCUUGAAAAUGUUUCUGCUGCCCAGCGUUCGCCCGGAUGACUGUAGGUUGCCCACCGAGGAGUGAUUAAAAAAGUUCACUUGAAAGUUUUCGGCCUAUUUCAACGUGUGCUGAUGUAUUGGUGAAAACGGUUCUGGCCCACCAGCAGUCUGCUGGCUGACGACGACGAGAAGAAAGGUUUUGUUAUUAUUAUAUCACUCGAGCGAGAAUAGCUAUGCUUGAACAGUCGACCCUGGUGCGUUUCUGCGAAUGACGCCGUGCGAAAUGCUGAAGUUGAGGCGAGGAUCGGGAAAUUCCGAGAAAUACGAGCACCCCGAAGGUGUGCAAAAAGGGAAAAAUAAUAAUACCGGAUAUAAAUGAGUUAAGGUUAAAAAUGUUAAUUAAUGCUACAUCAAAGCGAAAGUGUUUUAGUGAAGAUUGGUGGAUACCCGUUCGCGGUCGUAAUCCCGCUCGGUCCUGUUAUUAUUUAGAGCGAAGUGGUUCAUCCUUGAAGCUGGGCCACCGACAAGGAUUAAUUGGUGUCGAUUCCAUCACCGAGCAAGCGGCAGUGCAAUUUGAAUAAAUUUAAAAUCCACCAGUUCGAUUUAGGAUAACCACCUCCACCACCACUGGAUGAAUAAUCAAGUGGCGACGGUAGUUCGGGAAGGGGGCCGGAAUGGUCGCAGUCGAUCGUCCGCACACGGUUUGCGGUGAUUUGAUUGAUGCAAAUGUUUCGCACCGACUAUUCGCAAUCGAACCGACGACGAACUAAUCGGAUUGGAAGUGGUGCAUCUGCCUUCAUUUGGAUGUGUGUGUGUGUUGGUGCGAGCAAAAAUAUAAUAUAACAAAAACAAUUAAAUUGCGAAUUGAUUUGUUGUCGUCGGGUAGUGCUGUGUGUGAUGGCAGGUUUCAGUGGUGACAUGCGGUAGAGUCCUGAAAUUAACGGAAGGAGGACGUGAUUUGAUUGGGAACUAGUAGCGAUUUUUUGUGCUGUGUGCUGGUGGUGUUACGAAUCAACGCAAUUGCUCGUGCGCUGCAAAGCCGCAAAUGCCGGUUGGAAAUGUUCCCUAUCACCACCGAAGGAAGUACUCUCCUCAGGUUCCACCGGAUUACCAGUCACGAAUAUUUUUUGGCGAGUUUAUGCGAGAAAACCGGACACGCGUGGGUGCCAAUGCGACUGUAAACGGAAACGCACCACCACCCUCGACGUCGUCGUCAUCAUCCUCGUCGUCGGCGUCAUCAUCAUCAUCCCAGCUCGCUGCUGCGAGUGCUUGUACGGGUGGUAACCGAGGCAGUGCUAGUGAAGAGUUGUACAAUUCCGUUUCGGCCGGCGGUUCCGUCAGUUCGGCGGUGCUGGCCCAAGACAUUUGCAAUAGCAACAACACCCAGGCAGCUAGCAGCCAGUGUUCCACUCCGGUCGGAGGAAGCGGUGUCAGUAAUUUCGGUACCGGCCACAGUUACAGCGGCAGUAACAGUGCUCAUAAUGGUAAUGGACCAAUUUCGCCGGUGUCACCCCAGCAGCAGCAAAAGCAGCAUAUAAGCUCGUUGGGGGUUGCGGUAGCAGUGCAGCAAUCGAGUGCACAAAAUUAUCUUCCAUCGGCACUGUACACGGGGCAACGGAUUGUGCCAUCUGGUGGUGGCUGUGCUGGUAAUAGUGGCGGAGGAGGAGGAGGAGAUUCCGGAGUUGGAGUCCUAACGGUUUCGAGCAACGGUACUAGUAAUAAUAAUAAUAAUAGUAAUAACAGUAUCAACAACAACAACACGGUCGACAGUGCUGUCAAUGAAGAAUUAGUAGCUGCCGGAGGACCAAAUUCUAGCUUAUCUGGUGCAUCAGUCGGUAGUCGGGAAAAUAACUACGGCAGCUAUGACGAUGGCCAACAACAGAACACAGCCGGCCCAAAAUCGAGUACAAACAGCUACACACUAGGUGGCAGCAGCAUAGACGUGCAACAGCAGCCAUCGCAAACUCCCUACAGGCAGCACCAUUCAGGCCAUCCGCAUCAGCAGCCACAACAACAACAACAACAACAACAACAACAGCAACAACAACAAUCAUCGAGUUUAUCAAGUAGUAAUAGUUUAAUUAAUAACACUAAUCAAAUUAGGGAUAGGGAUAGCACCAAUUACGUGACCGCAUCGGCGAUUCUGACACUCACCGGCGCCACGGUAAGUGGCACUAGUAGCGGUGGUGGUGGUGGUGUCAAUAAUAACAGUAAUCACAGCAACGUUAGCCAUCUCGUGAAUCUGGUGGGCGCUGCCAGCGUAUCAUCGACAAUGACCACCUCGGCAGCUAUUUCGCCUCCGCGGCCAAUGCAGAAGGUGAUACCGACGGUCGUGUAUCUGAUGUCCCGCAUCGCUGUACAUAUGGAAAUCGAGGGCACCGCGCAAUGUCCGGCCCAGGUCAUGCUCGCCGCGGCACUCGGCUGUGAAGAACUAGGAAUUACCAAUAAGCUGCUGGCGCAGAGCGUGUUCGGCCUGUGGAUGACCAGCCCGCUGCUGGAGGUCCAGCUGAAACCGCACCACAGGCCGUACGCGGUGCGGGUCGCGUGGUCCAAACUGCUGGACAAGCACAGCCACGGAAACGAGCUGGAGAAACUUUCCGACGAGCCGAUGACGAUGCUUCGGCGGAACGUGUUUUUCUCCAGGAAGGACGAGGAGAAGAUCAAGGACCCCCGGUUGUUGGAGUUGCUGUACGAGGAGGCACGUCACAAUGUUCUGCUGGGACGCUACGUGAUGGAAUCGUCCCACUCGAUUAUGCUCGGAGGUAUCCAAGCAAGGAUAGAGCUUGGCCCGUACAAUUCCCACACACAUUCGACUAGUUAUUUUAGAGAAAACCAAUUCCGCUUCCUGCCAACGCACGUAGCAAAAAGCUCCAGCUGGUCGUGGCUUCCAAUCAGCCGGCGAACAUCGGCCGAAGUAAGACUGCUAGAACAAUUCAAACGGGUACCGACGACGGCAACGACCAAAAAGCUGAUGCGAAAGUAUCUCGAGUUUUGCUGGGGACUGCCUUUCUAUGGUGCCGCCUAUUUCCACGGGCAAGUCGAACAGCCUGUUCGCGGUCUGGUCGGCCUGAUGCAGCAAAAGGACCUCCCGGUGCUGAUAGCAGUCAACGAACGGGGCAUUUUUGUGAUAGAUCAAAUAGAAUGCACACUGCUGUUGGGUCUUCGGUACGAGGAACUGUCGUGGGACUAUGCCAAACCGAGCAACGUGAACGACCCGGAAUGUUUGCCGUGCAUAUUUCUGCAGUUUGGCGCUGUGGAAAACGGAAUUGCCGCCACGAAACUUAUGCAAAUCUUUACCCGCCAGGCUGCCAUGAUAGACGCCUUAAUAACCCACUUCAUCGAGCAGGCCAAGCGGCGAAAAGAGAGCGGUGAGCCGGAGGUGCCCGCCGGCGAGAAUCAAUACGAAGCCGAACCGAACCCAAUCCAGAACAACGGUAUGGGCGUGCUGAGUAACAAAUUGUCACGGCUGACGCUAGCCACAUUCGACGACGAGGGACGCUGCAUUGGGCAGAUGGGGUCACUGUCGAUAAGUUAUUAACAUUUAAUUCUCGUCUAAGGAUUGCUAUAGUGAUGGUGCGUUGCGCAGUGUCGUCUAGGAUGGGUGGAAAUGUUGUCACUUUUUGCUUGAGAAAUGAAUUUGGAUUACGUUGCACGUAGGACUGUUGCAGUUGUUAUCACUUCAAAGGGUGACAGUUGCAGUAUUAAGAUUCUCUGUUUCUGUGGUGUUUGGUACUGUCAAAUCUUAUGACGCUCUCUAAGUUGGACAGGAUGAAACUGAGAAUUUUGAAACUUACUCAAAUGGUCCUAUUUGUAAAUGCGAGCCUCUCUUUGUUUAAUUUCCCUUAAAUUAAUAACUCGGUCGCUUUCACGUUUGCUGCCCUACUCUUGGGCAUAUUAUGCAGAUAUCACGUUCUAGAAAAUUAUCGGAAAGUUUCACGAUGGCGCCAUAUUAAUCAAAACAGAAGUUAAGCAAAGAGAGGAUCUCAUUUGCAUUUAGACCAAUUUGAAAAAGUUUGCUAAAUAUAAGGAAAUGAUAUUUUUACUUGUAGCGACGCUGACGCUGUUUUUGCUUCAGGAGAAACUGUCGGAUUCUAACAUCAACUACUGUAAGAAUGUAUAAACUGCGUUUCGGGUUAGCAUUCAGUUUUGCGGUCAAGCAAAAACUGCACAACAGAGUGUAAUUUGCACCAAUAUUUUGUGAAGGAUGGGGAUGCCCAAAUUCGAUUUAGAUGCCAAUUAUCGGCUACAGAUUUCCAGGCACUUUGUCUAUUAAUUGAAAGCUGGCACUUUGUCUAUCAAUUGAGAGUUCAUUGUGAUGGUCAAAGAGGUGCACUUUAGCAUUGAUGCUGAAUUCUGGGGACGUGGGAUGUGUUUUGGUUGCGGAAGCUGUAUUUCUAGAUAUUGAUGGGGCUUUUGAUAUUGUGUCUCCAAUCUAUUCUAGAAGCAAUUAUGCAGUAUCUGCAUGUAUCUCGUGUUGGAUUGACGCAAUGCUUAGUAACAGAUUUUUUGCUCGUCAUUGAGAAAAGUUCUGGACAGGAAGUCAAGUACACUGAAGUUAUAUUGGAUUCCAAACUGAACUGGACUGCUCACAUUGAGUUCGGAGCCAAGAAAACGUUUGGUUCUCAAAUAAUUUUUUUUUUUUAUUGGAUCUACACGAUAAUUGCUAGUGCUGGUAUCUACUGUCGUGAUGAGAUUGGAACAGUCUCACACGCUAGGUAGAUACUGUACUGUGUCCCAGCAGAAAUCUUCGCGAUUGCAAUCGACCCUUAAAAGUCCUUCUGCCCGAAUAGCAGGCUGCAUUCAAGGCCCUUAGCUCAGACAAAUCACGGUUUGAGCUGGUGAUUGCAUGUCAAAUUCAAAUAGACUUACUAUUGACAACACUAUCAACAUCGUUUGGGUGCCUGGACAUACCGGUAUUAUUGGUAAUGAAAGGGCCGACAAAUUGACCAGAAUAGACACAGAGAUUGGCUUUCUUAGUCCUGAAUCUGCUUAGUCUAUUUUAACAAGUUUGGAUAAAGGAAAAAAUCCGGUUUUGGACUUCAACCGAACACUGCAACUAUUGGCACAACCUACAAACUUGUAGUGAAAUAAAAGUUUUUUUUGGAGAAAUCGUUCCCAGUGAUUUCGAAAUAGCACGGGGGCAUGGUGAUCAGACGGAACCUCACCAUCUGAUAUGCGACUGCCCAGCAGCAACACAAUUGCGUACCCGAAUUUUAGGUUCUCCAUACAUAGAUGAACCUAUAAACAGAACUCAAACAGAAAGCUGAAACUCAAUGAUAUGCUACUGUUCCUUACCCAGUGUGGUAUGAUCCUAGUUAUCCGGUCAAGUUAUUUAUUAUAUUUUAAUGAUCAGCAAGAUAUUGGAUAUUUCUUCCAAUUCUCUUCACCAGUUCCAAGUAUCGGCAGAGUACGCGCUAGUUUGUUACCUUGUUUCCUCGUGUUUUGUGCCCAUAAUUCAGAAUUCAGCAAUACUGUGCUAUGCAGAUUCCUUUUAUCUAAAUUUCAUCUUGUAUCAUUAUUGCAUCGAUUUUCAUUGUUCCGUUUAUCAACAUUGUAGCCCUUGGAGUUGGCAGGUCGUGUGUUUACUUACCCACGACUCCUGUAUUAGAGCGACUUUCGGCAAGGACACUCGUGGUACCUUCUACGUAAUGAAGGUUUAUUUGGAUGCUGAUCAUUUUGACGUUUUCUGGCCGUCAAUUGUUGCGACCCAAUAUUAUGCUGGCGGCAAAUAGCAGCCUGUUUACUGCUGAAUUAUUUGGUUGGACUUUUGUCGUACUAUUGUUCCGCUGCGCCCUUCAGAUCUCGUUGCAGCUCGUGAGUCACAUGCGCUAGAAAGCUGUUGUGUAUAGCUCGUGAAACGGUCUGCCACCGUUAUAGUAAGUUUGCUUUGGGCAGCGGUCCGUUGUCAUUGGACUGCUAACCUUGCCAAAAAUACCACGUUUGGUGAAGACUGGCGCAUUCUGACCAAUCCAUAUACGUAGUUCGGCUAGUUGCGCUAAAAGAUUAUCAACCAAAAUGUUUUUCGUCUGGGGUUCCUUUCCUUUUUUAUUUUGUUCGACGACUUGAAAUCCGUUGAACGUUGUCGAUUAGUUUGUACAUUUCUCAACAGUAAGUUUGUUCUGCUCUAGUUCGUCAGCGGGUUCUCAACGGCAAUGAAUUGUGUUUCAUCGCAGCACAGAAUUUAUUUGCCUUAUUCCAGGAGUCUUUUGGGCCUUCUGGCUAACAAAUUUGGCAACCAUCUAAACACCAUCCCAUUUUAAACACUGUCAAAAAACCAUACAGUGGUGGUAAAUCUGGACCAUGAGCAUGAGGUAUUUUGGAGUUUUUUUGCUAGGGUCUCUUGGCUGACUUGUAUCGUUCUUCUCAAUUGUCAUCUCCUCGUCCUUUAUCUUUUUAUUUGCUCUGAAAUGCACGCCAUCUCUGCAUCCAUGCCAGCAGAUUUAAAUGGCGCAAAUGAACUCACUAAUCUGUCAAUUAGAGCAUUAGUGAAAGCUUUUUUGUCAACCUUGACUGCAUCCCGUUUAGUUCCUGAGUUUUCAAUUGUUCGUAAAAAAUUUAGGCGUAACGAUCACUUCUUUCAAGCAUAUAUUUUUAUUUUUUAGAUAACUCAAUUUUUAGAGCUCAAAACAUUGAUUUUUUGGGAAAAACGAUAACAGCAAGUCUCAUAAAAAAAGGAUUUCUGGAUUCCUCACUGCCAAUUAUAUUGUAUUCAAGUGCUUUCAAUUGACUAGUUGCUUAUUGUUUCCUAAGUCUGGCGAUUCUAAUUUAAUUGUUGAUUGUUUUAUUAUCUAACCAGUUUAGGACUCUGCGUGGGUUUACAAAAGAAGACUUGACCACGCUGUUCGAGAUCACGAUGGAAAUGAUGUGUGCCUUUCGCUCAGAAGAAGUGCAGUUUUCAGGUUUGAAGUUCCGAUUAUCACUCACUGGAUUCCUCACUCUUUCUAUAUGGGUGUCCGGGUGUUCGCCUUGUUCAUUUGUUGUUUCCAUUCCAUUUGCUGAAAUAUCUUUGCUAGUCUAUUUUAGUGUUACCAGCAUUUAAGUUUUCAUCCUUCGUAGUGAAUUCCGGUUGCGUUUUAAGAUAGUGGGUGUAAUUAAGCAGUUGUAAAGCCUUUUUAGCAUUUACCAGUUAAGCUUAUGUUGUCGCAAGAAAACGCAACGAUAAUAGAAUGGUUAACCUAGUAUUUUCGUUGUUAUGGUUUCUCUGAACAACGCCUUGUGGUUACAACCGGUAUUACGGACAUUCCAAGCUUUCCUGUAGUAUUAGGAGCUAAAUUGUUUAUGCCAUACGAAUUUCUAAACCGUAUUUUUGUCUUCGUGGUAUUAAUCUCCAAUACAAUUGAAUCGAGUAUCUAAUAAUUUAAUAUUUGUUCUGUUAUCAUCUUAUUUUUGCGUAGAAAGAGAAGGUCAUCUGUAUAUCCGAGUAUAUGUGGUAAAAUUAUGUUCCAGGCAUGUUCAAUUCCGAUGUCCGUCCAGAUAUCACGUAGGGUUAGCAAUGGUGUAGUAUCUAGAGCUGCAAAUUUUCGACAGGUUAGUUUGAACUUGGAGGAGAAGCAAGUCUCAAUUCAUGCCCUGCUAUGUCCAAACUUCAGUUGUUGGUUGCAUCAUUCCUUUGGUGAUCGUAAGGACAUGGCCAGGUGUGCAGUGUACUAUACUAAUGUAUAAAAAGAUUUCAGUGUAUCAGCCACCCAUGAUCAGUGCGGUCGUUUUUGCUAUGCUAUGCUAUUUGGAAUGAAGGCAUUUUAACAUGGAAAUUUGCAUUACUGGUAGUAUCAAAGCGAAUAGCUGUGGACUGAUUCCUAAGUCAAAACCAUUAUAUUGACAUCCUUUGCAAUUAUUGCCUUCGAUACUCUUAAAUCUAAGACUGACCGUAACUUCGAUUAUGUCGGUCGAAUGAUACCACUAUUAUUUGGCAGUUUUUGUCCAUCUCUUGUCUAAUAUGUUCUUGAACACAAAAAAUCAAUCUGUUGCGAUUUGCCUUUGUUUGAAAAGGCAUUGGUUAACUCGGAAUACAUACAAUUUGUUUUCAAUUUGUUCAGGACACUAUCCGUCUGCAGCGCUUUUUGUAUCGUCUCCAUAAACUCUUUUUGGAGCUUAUCUUAGCUAUAUCUCAACGAGAUAUUUUUUAUUUUCUAUCCAGUAGGUUUCUUGGCUCGCAAUGUGGUUUCCAUCUUACUCCAAAAGAUCAAACUGUUUCAUAUUACGUGGACAUGACAUGUUGAGCUUAUCUUCAAAUUUAUGGAUGGUGAUAAACCUCGCACUUUUUUAAGGUUUGUUUUUUGUCCGAUAGCUGCUUCGAUUAGGCAAGAACACAGUUCUUAUGUGCGUCUUUUCUUCGGGGAGUUGAUGGCGUUCAAUCGCUCCGAUUACGAUACCCAGCUGUCUAGAACAUCUUCAGCGAUUCUCGGUUUACGGUAUUCGGCCAAUUCCAACCUGAUGUUGGGAUCACACUUAUUCAUUUUCUAACGGUUCCAUGUCUAGUCUGGUCUUUCAGUCUGUUGAGACCGAGUUAGGUUGUGUCGUUUUUACUUGAAGCGAAAAUGAGUCUGUUUUAAACCCAACUGCUGUCAAAAUUUAUGAACUGACAGCGAUUGGGGCAAGAAUCUGACUCAGUUUUGGGGUCAAGCAAAAAGAGUGACUCUCCUGUGAUGAGGUAUUGCGCUUUACUUCGGUUCUAGACCGUUCGCAUAACAAGACACGUGAUGAAACUUCUUCCAAAUACUUGCUUGUCUUCUUCUGUGUAAUAUUGUGUCCCAAUAUGUGCGUUCAGAUCAGCUACUAUAAUGACUUACGGUCUUGUCUUGGCUGAAAAUUAUAGCCAGUACCUCGAAACAGCUCUACGUUCCGUCUUAGUUUCGCUUCUUAUGCAUGAGCAAGAGUUCUCGCUAGUUAUGCUUAUCCUGUUUUCACCAUACAUUUCCUCUAAUACUCCAAUACAAAAUUUAGAUUAUCUCAUUCUGAAAUAAAUCAUAUUGUUUUUGAUUAUUGUCGAUCUACUUCGCAAAUCAAGCAAUUCGUGAUUAACAUUUCUUCCUCCUAGCUAAGAAAAUAUAACCACAAUGCUGAAAAUAGACAAAAAAACAUGGAGAUAAAACUCAACUUACAACCCAAUGCUGUUGACAUUCAAGUGAUAUUGUGCGAAAACAAACUAACGAAAACACAUUUAAGAAAAUUAGCCGCAAAGUGCGUGAGCAGGAAAAAUUGAUACGAAUUUACCUGUAAAUAGUGUAAUUGAAUUGAUCAAGUUUUAGUUAUAUUUGAACCAGCAGAAAACCUUGUACUCUACCAAUUGAACUAGUUCGAUAUUACGCCAACAACAACAACAACAACCACGUACACACUCACUUACAUAUGUAUAAUGAAAACCCCACGCUAUUUCUUUGUAUAAAAAAAUUCACACAAAAAGAUGGUAACACACGACUAAUGUAAAUUGGAACGUAUAGGAAUAAUGAAUGGAAUUUCUCGCGGUAAAAAACAAUGAAUGAAGCUAGCAACCAAAAGUGGUCAAAUAAUUUUGAUAAGUUCAAUUUAAUAAGAAAAUUAUACCAAAAUGAAAAAUGUGUAAAUCUACCUUAUAUAUAGGGCGGUAAAAUAAAUAUAUAUAUUUAGAUAUUUUGUACUAACGUUUGAGGCAGGAGGAGAGGGUAUCGUCGAGGUCGUAGAGACAGAAACUCGUGUCGCAAAACGCACUGAAAACGGAGACGGCACACACGAAAACACACAAAAGAAAGUGGAUCAAAUAGUAAGGAAGGUAAGAGCCAUCAACGAGAGAAAAAAAUUAGUAGACAGGCAGCGCUAGGGCAACAGAUUACUCCAACUCAAUGCAUACACGCGUACGUACAUACGUACGUACGUACAUACACAAACAAACAAGCACACACGCGAACCACGUGCGAAGAACACAGAUAACAAAUCUUGGAGGACAACCGAUAUCAAUAACAUAAGCUAAGUUUAGUUUGAUCGAACAAUGUAAAGCAAGAUGAUUAAAAAGAAAAAAACUCGUAUGAAAAGAAUAGACAGGCAGUUUAGGAAGAUGAUUACUUUUGAAUAAAAAACGUAUCUGUAAAAAUA